AUGUUGCCAAAGAAGCUAGCGGUGAUCAUUUUUACUUUUUCGUUGCUCUAUAAAGGUACGAAAUUUGAUAACUUUUGCAACGAGAAAUUACACCAAUCAUAGAGUAUGUUUUAGAUGUAAUAUACUUUACACGAGUCCAACAGAAUGUUCUACAGACAUCGUUUAACAGGCACUAGGUUCGUUCGAGUUUAACGGAGUCUCUCUUAUCUAGGUAGCACCAAGAGUGAUGAAAUUAACAACGACUAUCUAAGUCCUGAGACGAUCCUUCUUAACGAUGAGAAUGAAAACGAGGAUGUACUAAACGACCCUGUUGAUACAGUGUUACGCCUCACAGGCGAAGAAAAAUCUCCGAUUGACCCAGACUACGUUAAAGAAUAUCAGAUGGGGAACGACCCACAUGUGCGCUCCUGGAAUGGUAACAGUUGGAGCAGUUCGAGCAAAUGGGGUGGGAACUCUGCUGGCAACAACUUGGGUGGGAACAUGGGUGGCAGUCGGGGUGGUAAUUCCGGAGGCCAGUGGGGUGGCGGUGGGCAUACCUCUACUGGAAGUUAUGGAGGUGCGGGAAAUUGGAAAAUGAAGGGGUCUGGUGGGGCCUCAGGAGGAAGAGCUGGGGGUAAUAGUGGUGGGUCAAAUGGCAGCUUUGGAAUGAAAUAUGGCAUGGGUGGUAGUAAAAGUGGCAACUCUGGAAUGAAAUAUGGCAUGGGUGGUGGGUCAAGUGGCAACUCUGGAAUGAAAUAUGGCAUGGGUGGUGGUAAAAGUAGCAACUCUGGAAUGAAAUAUGGCAUGGGUGGUGGGUCAAGUGGCAACUCUGGAAUGAAAUAUGGCAUGGGUGGUGGUAAAAGUGGCAACUCUGGAAUGAAGUAUGGCAUGGGUGGUGGGUCAAGUGGCAGCUUUGGAAUGAAAUAUGGCAUGGGUGGUGGUAAAAGUGGCAGAUUUGGAAUGAAAUAUGGCAUGGGUGGUGGUAAAAGUGGCAACUCUAGAAUGAAAUAUGGCAUGGGUGGUGGUAAAAGUGGCAACUUUGGAAUGAAAUAUGGCAUGGGUGGUGGUAAAAGUGGCAACUCUAGAAUGAAAUAUGGCAUGGGUGGUGGUAAAAGUGGCAACUCUGGAAUGAAAUAUGGCAUGGGUGGUGGGUCAAGUGGCAGCUUUGGAAUGAAAUAUGGCAUGGGUGGUGGUAAAAGUGGCAACUUUGGCGGAAUGAAUGUUGGAUUGAGUGGAGGUAAAGGACAAGGGUUUGGUGGGGGGUUGGGGAGUAGUAGCGGUGGUCACAGUGGUGGUAUUAGUGUUGGGUUUGGUGGGGGUAAUGCAAUGGGAUCGCAAUUGGGAGGUGGACAAGGAAGCGGAAGUGGAAAAAGUGGAUGCAUCGCAGAAGAUGGUAAGUCAGUAGUCACUAAGUGGAAGACUAUUACUUAAAUUAUAACCAAAAUUUCGUUUUACAAUACGACAGGACAAACUAUCAUUUUGAACAUAGAAACUCGAACACUAAGUAAUUGGUAAGAUUUGAAACCACUCGUACUCGAAAAUAAGAUCCUGAACAGAUCCGAGCUACCUGACUAGCAUUGACUAAAUGUGUGCAUCUUUUGAUUCGACCAAACACGGCAGAUUUUCUCUGCCAAUAAUUUAAGAUGGCCCUAACUUAGGCUACGUUUACAUUAUACCGGAUAGCUUUCUGUAGCGGCGCGAAAAAACACUUAUCCCAUACGGAAUGUACAACUUUCAUAAGCUGAGGGAAACAACAUCUCUAGGCAAAACAGUCAAGACAGAACUGAUAGUAUAAAUAAAGUUAGCUUCGAUACGAUUUGCGCUUGGGUCAGUAAAGGGUCUAACCGCGGACCUCCAGAAAGAGUAGUUUACAAAGAACCGAUAGAGCUAUUCAGUAGAAAUCAGUUCAUCAUUCUUAUUCAAAAAUACUUCGCCAUUUAAGGUGGAUGGUUUGUGAUCCGUCACUCGUCAGGCAAAUGUGUGUUACCCAACGAUGGGUCGACGAAAGCUGGCACGAAAAUUGUUCUUGGUACGAGUGACUGCAAAAAUCAGAUCUAUGUAUUCGUCUGGACUGCCAAACAGUCGAUAAAACACGUUAUCAGUGGAAUGUGUGUAAGUUUGGAAGGUGAAAACCUUGUACUGAAAAAAGGCUGUGAUGGGGGUCCCAACACACAGUUUCAGUACAUAGCAGCAAAAAAGCGGUUGAUGUCCUCAGGAAAAACUGUGCAAGCUACUCAAGAUGGGGACAACAUAGCAGGGAUGAUGUUAGCAGCGACAGAAAGUGCCUCCAGCGGUGCUGAGACAAUGUUUACCUUUGAAAGUAAGUAGCUGAAGGUUAACAAUUAGCAAGUUAGGAUAAAACGAGUCUGAGGUCCUGAAUUAAGUGACUGUAAGUCGUAUCAGUCUUGCAAAACGACAAGGAAGUAGAGCGGACACUUGCAAGUAAGAGGCUUCUUAAUUGCUUUUCAUUUCUGACAUCGUGGAUUCCAUUCUCGCUCUAGAAAAGAGUCAGUUAACUUUCUGUCGAAACAUGUAGUCCAGUUUCCUACAACAAAGAAUGUUGACCGUGUAGGUUUGGAUACAUGGAAGUGGUUCAAAUAUAAUUUCGUCAUAACAUUGUAUUCAUUUCUUUUCUACAGGCGCCAUGAAGAUGAACAUUAAAUUUUCUUUCACUUUCGGAAUGUCAGGUAAGAUUGAACAUAUUGUUCAAAACUUAAUUAUUAUGUUUUGUUGUUUUCAUCUUACUGAGACGGUUUGUCUUUUCUCUUUUAGGAGGAGGCGGGCUUGGUGGUGGAGGUGGACUUGGUGGUGGUGGUGGUGGAGGUGGGCUUAGUGGUGGUGGUGGACUUGGAGCUGGAGGUAUGAAUGGAGGAUUUUCUGGGAGUGUGAGUGGAGGGGGUCCAAUUGAGGGAGGGGCAGGUGGUCGAAUGAGUGGUGCAGGUGGAACAGGUAUGUUUGUAAUCCGGCAUCAAGCAUCUGGAAUGUGUCUUUACCCAAAAGGAGGCAAAAAACGCAAAAAACGCAACGUAGCGCUGGUACUAGACGAGAAAUGCAACGAUCCUAAAGCAGUAUUUCAGUUCAGCAGCAAGAUGUCGAUAGAAUCUGUGGCUUUAUCGGGAUAUUACCUUUUUGUGAGGAGAGGUACUUUGAAAUUGCACAAAUCUAGCUUGAAGAAGAGCAAGUUGUUUAGCUUGAACGCAGUAACAAUGGCAUUUACAUAUAACGGGAAGUAUGUACAACCGAAACAAACGGAGGUUGCAGCUGGGACGAUGCUUGCUGUAAGAAAAGGAACAUUUCAAUCUUGGAUGGCUUUCCAAAUGUUAGGUAAGGAAUAUAAUUAAUUAUACGUACGCCGUUGCUAAUUAAUAAAAAUAUUACGGUGCCUGCUUCCCGAAGAGAACUUUAGACACUUUAAGAAUUCCUUCCUUGCAUGCAUACGAUCCACUGUAUUUGAUGGAUUUGACUAAGUGGAACAGUGCAGAUCAACUCCAAAGUUGGCUAGUUUACACUAUCAAAGUUUCUAUCACAGUAGGAAUUUUUCAUAGGUAAAUUUUCGAAGAUAUCUUGGAGGGAACUGACUCACUGUUUAACACUGAGUGAGUUCCCUCAAACAUUUCUUACAAAUCCUUCAAAACUUAGAAUUUACCAAAAAUUCCUACUAUGAUCACAGAAACUUUGACCGUGUAAACCAGGCUUUACUGGAGUGACCAUACCGUGCAAAACACUACAUGCAAGUGAAAUCCAUCUAUCAUGGGCACUUCUGUGUUUUUAGUGGCUACUGCCUCAGGUGGUAUGAAUGGUAACGGAUUCGACUUCUUCGGUACAACGUCAGCCGGAACUUCGGGAGAAAUGUCAGGUGGAAUGUCAGGCGGAAUGUCAGGCGGAAUGUCAGGCGGAAUGUCGGGCGGAAUGUCGGGAGGAAUGUCGGGUGGAACGUAUGGCGCGGGUAAGUUAUUUCUAUUGCCUUUUUAUGAUAGGCACAUUUUUUCCGACUAAGACAAUACAACGGAACACUUCCUAUUGUUCGACUUUCAAUGAUAAAUAUUAUAAAGAAAACUUCAUUUUAAACGUGGUGUCAGUGCCAGAGUGGUUAGUGCAUGUUCUUUUCACCGUUACCGAUUCCAGCAAUAUGUUCAAUAUUAAUUUCACCUCACUCGAAUGUGAGAAGAGUACUUCCAGUUUGACUCAACCACACACCAAAAGUUUUCUCCGAUUUCCUCCCCCUGCUAGACAAAUGAGGGAUAGCUAUUACUGAACCUCUAUGAAGAACAGUUUAGAACUGAUAGAGCUAUCCAGUACAAGUAAAGGUAAUAUAUUUUAAAAUCAUUAAUUCAUUAGUCACAUCAUCAAUUCUUUGCGUCUUAAUUUCUACAGGGGUACCCUUUGUGAUAAAACACUCUCAAACAGGAUUAUGUUUCUAUCCAAAAGGCGGCAAAAGAGCAGCCGAUGUCCAAAUAGUGUUAGCAAGGAAAUGCGACGACCGUAAAGCAAUGUUCGCGUGGACUAAACGGCAGACAUUGAAAUCAGUAGCUUUUAAAGGGUUCUGCCUUCAUCCCAAGAAAGGCAGUUCGAACCCAGACGAUGGCACGGAAUUGGUCAUAUUUAAGGAGUGUAGGGGCAAGCGGCUUAAGUUUACUUAUGACGCGAACACCAUGAGCUUAAAACAAAAGAUGUCUGGGAAAUACAUCAAGCCAGAAACUCAAGAUGUGGCGGAAGGAACUGGUCUUGUCGUAGGUAGUGAGGCAAGUGUUGGCGCUUGGAUGCAGUUUAAAUUCAUUGGUAGGUAAUUAUGCUAAUUUUACACUAACUUUAUACUGGAUAGCUCUAUUAGUCCAAAACAGUUCCUCCUAGAGGUCCAGCAAGCCACAUUAAUCCAGUAUUACUACAGGAGGGGGAAUUAACUUGCGGUAUUUGGUUAAAAACUGGAAAAACUCCUCUGAACUGCAUCUGAGAUUAAACUACAACAAAGAUCUGCACACCGCAGAACCCCGUGCAUUCACACUAUUCCACCAACACACCUGGCAAUUAUUACAAUUAUUUAUCCUAUGGUUUUAUCUGUUUUAGCUGUUUCUGGUGCACAGUUUGGUGGAAAGGCUAAUGGUGAAAUGUCGGGAAGCAAUCACAAAGGCCAGAAGGGUGGAAGGUUUGGGAUGAAUAUUGGUGGAAUGAAUAUCGGGGGACAGAUGAGUGGAGGUUCUAGCGGUGGGAAUGAGGGAAACUUCAACAUGCAGUUUGGAAAAGGAAAUGGUGGAAAAGGAAAUGGUGGAAAAGGGGGUGGGGGUUCUUCCUCAUGGGGAAGUAGUUGGAAAUCAGGUGGUAAUGGUGGUAACACGGGUCAGUUUGGAGGGAAAGGAGGUGGGGGCUUAUCCAGUUCUUCCUCAUGGGGAAAUAGUUGGAAAUCAGGUGGUCAGGGUGGUAACACGGGUCAGUUUGGAGGGAAAGGAGGUGGGGGCUUAUCCAGUUCUUCUUCAUGGGGAAGUAGUUGGAAAUCAGGUGGUCAUGGUGUUAAAGUUGAUGAUGGUAUUUCACAGAUUAAUGGUAAUGGAGGUGGUGUUAUAACGGAUGUUGAUCACACCACCAGUGGCACAAGUUCCAAGGUGAAUGAUGGUGGGGGCAAAACGAAUGGUAAUUAUGAUGGUGGUGUUGUUAACGAACACGGUGGUGGCGAUAGCCAGAAUGUGGUAGGCAACAAGGGUGUUGGUUAUGGUCGAUACAGUAGUGCUGGUGAUGCUAAUGGUUUAGGCCCAAAUCAUAGCGAUGGUACCACAGGUAGCGAGGAUGGUAAUGGUGAUGCUAGUCUACAUGGUGGAAAUGAGGGUGGUGCUGGUACAAGUCUAGAUGAAAAUGUAUUUCAUCAAACUGGUGAUGGUAAUGGUGAAAGGAAUGAUGGUAGCCAGAAUGUGGGUAUGAAUAGUGAGAAUAGUGACAGAACAGAUAGCAAGACAGAUACAGAGAAUGGUGAGGUUAUCAAUAAUGGUCAUCAAAGUGCAGGUAAUACAGGAACUUCUAUCCCUAACGUUGGUGCCAGUGUAGGUGGUGACAUUGAUGGUGGUAGCAGGUAUGGUAAAAGACCUAGUACUCUGGGAGUAAACAGCAUGGUUAGUAGUUCUGAAAAGGGUAUAAAUGAUGAAACUAGUACCAGCAAUGGUAAUGGGAUUAAUGAUGGUGGUUUUCAAAAAGGAAGUAAGAGUGGGGAGCUUACUGGUCACAAUGGUGGUGAAAACAUGGUAGGCAAUUCUCAGAAAGGUAGUAGUAACGAAGUUAGGUUAAGUGAUGGUAAUAAGAUGGAUAAGAGCGGUAGUAACGAUGAUGGAAUGGUCAGCAAAGGCACCAGUAGUACUAGUUUAAACAAUGGUGGUGGUGAAAUGACAAGUAAAGCCGGUAGUGGUAAACCACUGAGUCACACAGUUGAAAGUGAAGCAGGUCUUACCAGUACAGAUGGUGUUAAUUUGGAUGAUGUUGGUGGAAUAAAUUAUGAUGAUGCAGGGUCUAGGCUGGGUGCUGGUGGGAAUAUGGCGAGAAAUUCAAAUGAUGGUAAUGUACAAGAUGUUGCGCCCUUUGACCACCCAAGAGGUAUGAUGAAUGUGGAUGACAGUGGUAAUCCUGAUAGAAUAAGACCAGAUGGUGAAACUGUUGGUCGCAGCAGCAACAGUUAUCCAGGGCCUCCUGGUACUUGGCUGUUGGGUAAGAAAAAUAAUAUCUCGAGACAUGAUGAUAGUAAUAAUGGAUCAAUGGGGAUAAGACAUGGGAACAGUAGUGGUACUCGUGGUCACAAAGAGUUAUGGAAAUGGAGUCAAAAAGACAAUAUCACCAGACACCAUGGGAUAGUUAAUGAUAGCGAUGUUGGAGACAGCGAGGGUACCAGUGAUCAACACGGAAUUAUGAACGGGCAGAAAAAAGAUAUUACAGUACAUCAUGGGAUAGAAGGUGAUAGACGUAGUAAAACAUACCACGAACGAGGGAAGAAAGGUGGUAGCGGAGGUCACCAUGAGAAAACUACGUGGGAUACAAAGAACAUGACAGUACAUCAAACUAAACAUUCUCACUUCAAGAAGAAUGUUACACCUAAGGAAAUUUCUGGAUCAAAGGAGUCGCUUGGAAAGCCGAAAAAAUCGAAUAAACCCAAGAAAAUAGUAAAGCAGCAUUAA